UUAAUUUUCCGUUGCAAAGGUUCAAAAGGCCAACGCCUCUUCUUUCCCACCCUUUUCUUUACAACCCACGACUUCUUUCUCCCACCCACGCCGUCUCCUUAACCCCCUCUUCUAACCUUGACGCUCUCUUGAGGAGACAAUAGGUUGGCGUGCAUUGUUGUCGCUGGACAACAUCUUCCUUUCUUCCGCUUCGCUUCAUUGCGCUUUCGAAAAGUAGCGGGUUCGCUUUUCUCCCACCCAGGGCUCUCGUCAUGGAGCCUCGAUCGCGGAGCUGGGCCCUCGGCCUCAGCAUCAUUGGCCUCUUUGGCCUGCUAUUUUCUAUGGGCUUUGUCCAGCAGGUCAAGGGCGACGAUGUCCAGGAGUACGGAACAGUUAUUGGCAUUGAUCUCGGCACCACAUACUCAUGUGUUGGCGUAAUGCAGAAAGGCAAAGUCGAAAUUUUGGUCAACGAUCAAGGAAACCGUAUCACCCCCUCAUAUGUGGCUUUCACCGACGAUGAGCGGUUGGUUGGAGAUGCGGCCAAGAACCAGGCCCCGGCAAACCCAUUUAACACCAUUUUCGACAUCAAGCGUCUGAUCGGCCGCAAGUUCUCGGAGAAGGAUAUUCAGAGUGAUAUCAAGCAUUUCCCUUUCCGUGUCACUUCAAAGGACGAUAAGCCAGUUGUCACGGUCCAAGUUAACGGAGCCGACAAGACCUUCACCCCCGAGGAAAUCUCGGCCAUGGUCCUCGGAAAAAUGAAGGAGACUGCUGAGAGCUAUCUCGGAAAGAAGGUCACCCACGCCGUCGUUACCGUCCCCGCCUACUUCAACGAUAACCAGCGCCAGGCCACCAAGGAUGCCGGCAUGAUUGCUGGUCUCAACGUCCUUCGUAUUGUCAACGAGCCCACCGCCGCCGCUAUUGCGUACGGCUUGGACAAGACCGAUGGCGAGCGUCAGAUCAUUGUCUACGAUCUCGGUGGUGGUACUUUCGAUGUCUCUCUCCUGUCCAUCGACCAGGGUGUCUUCGAGGUUCUCGCCACUGCCGGAGAUACCCACCUUGGUGGUGAGGACUUCGACCAGCGUGUCAUCAACCACUUUGCCAAGACGUUCAACAAGAAGCACGGUGUCGAUGUCACAACCGACGCCAAGGCUAUGGGCAAGCUAAAGCGUGAAGCCGAGAAGGCCAAGCGUUCUCUGUCAAGCAUGAUGUCUACCCGUGUUGAAAUCGAGUCUUUCUUCAGUGGCAAGGACUUCAGCGAGACCUUGACGCGCGCCAAGUUCGAAGAGCUCAACAACGAUCUCUUCAAGAAGACGCUCAAGCCCGUUGAGCAGGUUCUCAAGGAUGCCAAGGUUGCCAAGUCCGAGAUUGACGAUAUCGUUCUUGUCGGCGGUUCUACUCGUAUCCCCAAGGUGCAGGCUCUUAUCGAGGAGUUCUUUGGCGGCAAGAAGGCCAGCAAGGGUAUCAACCCCGACGAGGCCGUUGCCUUUGGCGCUGCUGUUCAGGCCGGUGUGUUGAGCGGCGAGCAGGGCACUGAGGAAAUCGUUCUCAUGGAUGUCAACCCGUUGACGCUCGGAAUUGAGACCACUGGCGGUGUCAUGACUAAGCUGAUCACCCGUAACACCCCGAUCCCGACUCGCAAGAGCCAGAUCUUUUCCACGGCCGCCGAUAACCAGCCGGUGGUCCUUAUUCAGGUCUACGAGGGCGAGCGCUCGAUGACCAAGGACAACAACCUUCUCGGCAAGUUUGAGCUUACUGGCAUUCCGCCGGCCCCCCGGGGUGUGCCCCAGAUUGAGGUCUCCUUCGAGCUCGAUGCCAAUGGCAUUCUCAAGGUGUCGGCCCAUGACAAGGGUACCGGCAAGGCCGAGUCUAUCACUAUUACCAACGACAAGGGCCGUCUCACUCAGGAGGAGAUCGACCGCAUGGUCGCCGAAGCCGAGAAGUAUGCCGAAGAGGACAAGGCCACUCGUGAGCGCAUUGAAGCUCGUAACGGCCUUGAGAACUACGCUUUCAGCCUGAAGAACCAGGCCAACGACGAUGAGGGUCUUGGCAAGAAGAUCAGCGAUGAGGACAAGGAGACCAUCCUGGACGCCGUCAAGGAGGCCCAGGACUGGCUUGAGGAGAACGCUGCCACUGCCUCUACCGAGGACUUUGAAGAGCAGAAGGAGAAGCUGUCCAACGUGGCCUACCCCAUCACAAGCAAGCUUUACUCACAAGGCGAGGCUGGUGCUGAGGAUGACGAUCCCGAGGGCCAUGACGAACUUUAAUAACAUAGAUUCCCCAUUUGUUUUUGCUGGCAUUCCAAAAGAAGUCAUAGCUUCAGGAUUUUUUUACGUUCGCCCAUGAUUUUACCGGUGUUUGGCAGGUGGUGUAUUGGAGUCGGCAUAUAUCACGAGUGGAGAGAUCCGCAUGUAACUGUAUAAGUAUAUUACCAGCCAUACAGAUUUGCGACCGUUGAUACACAAUAAACUGCAACCGUACCUCGUU